AUGAGAAACAAGCGAGUGGGCUUUCUCGGCGACCCGAAUUUUCCUACAUACGGCUUGAAAGGGACGAAGGGAGGAGACAUAACGUUCUAUGAGUCUCUGUAUGAAGAUUAUUCUAGGAAAUCUUUCACGCAUAUCGAAGACAGGCCUUUUGCUAUCAGUGGACUGGAGCAGAGACUUCAUCAAGCUCUCGACGAGAAGAUUGGAUCUGGGGGAGGAUUCUGGGGCAUAUUCGAUCACUACUGGGGGCGUGGUCUACUGUGGCAACGGGAGGCUAAUGUCGAGAGGAUGAUACGGCUCAGGCGGGGAGCUAGUGGGAGAGAGGCGGCUCCGUCGUGGUCAUGGGAAGGCCACUCUGGUGGUAUAACUUUCAUGAAGCCUGAUCCCCACACCGUGGAUUGGCUGUCUGAUGAAGUCAUAUUGCCCUGGACCAAAGCGAAAGAAUCACAUUCUCGGAUGACCACUGCCUCGUAUCGGGGUGAGAGGGCCCUGAAAGGGAAGGCACUAGAAUGGAAACAUGAUCCUCACCUCAACCACGAUGACACGUAUGAAAGCAUUGUUUAUGAUGAUGAGGCAAACCUUCCGAGUCGAGAUAUACUCCGAAUCCUUGUCGUUGGGCGGAAGAAGUUGACAGAGUACCAGCACUCACAGGUUCGAAAACAUAGUUAUGUCCUUGUACUUGCACCGAAGGGUGUGGCGAGCGGAUAUAUUUAUGAGCGGGUCGGGGCUGGAUCCUUGGACGAAUCAUUGAUCGAUUUCGAGAAUUCCACGAGUGUUUUGGUUGAAUAA